AUGACUAUCGAUCAGGGAUUCCGCCGGGUGCGACUCCGAUCAAACGCCCCGAGCAGGUGUCGUAUGCUACCCCCGCGGGCCCCAAGGGCACUUUUCACAUCAAAGCCAUCCGCACCGAAGCAGUCCUUCGCAUCGAAAAACCUUCAGGCUUUCAUCGAUCUUACAGCCGAUGAGUCUGAUUCGAGGACCGGAACAAAUGCUCAGCAGUUUGGUCAGGCAUCUACUUUUGGUUCCACGGAUGUCUACGGUUACGUCGACUCAGCCAAAGCGAAUGAAAACAUAAAAGCUCUGCUUGAGGGUGCAUUCGAAGACGAGGAAGAAAGCAAAGCAAAGUCUAAGGACAAGAAGAAGAAGAAAAAGAGCAAAACGAAGCUUUUGAAGAAAACUGAAACGAAGGAAGCCAGUCCGGCUGCGAAUAACGACACCAGUGAACUCGAUGACUUGGCUGCUCAACUUCAAGGUGUUACUGUCAAUGACCCGAACGAAGGCGAAGCAGAGUCUGCCGAUGAAUUUGACGAGAAGAAGCCAACAAAGCUUAAGAAAGACACGGAUCAUGACAAUAAAAAGGAGAAAGUCACGGACAACGAGGAUGACGAGGCCGAAGUAGAGGAUGGUGAUGAGGAAGAAGAGGAGGAGGAGGAGGAGGAAUCCGAUGACGAAGAAGAGCUGAUUAUCGAGGGCUUGAAAGUCACCUUGCUGCCCCACCAAGUCGAAGGUGUAAGCUGGAUGUGUGACAAAGAGUCUGGUCGACACUCGACAAAAGGAAUUGUGCCCAAGGGUGGAAUCCUUGCGGAUGACAUGGGCCUGGGAAAAACCGUUCAAACAAUAUCCCUGCUGCUCAAAAAUCGCAAGCCCGAGCACGAACACAGCGACGACGACACCGCCAACAAGAAAACAGACGAUGAAGAUGCCCCACCUGCCUCUCAACUUAGCAAGACUACGCUUGUAGUGGCACCUCUAGCACUUAUCAAGCAAUGGGAAGCCGAGAUCGCUGACAAAAUUGAGAGGUCUCAUAAGCUGAGCGUCUGUCUCUAUCAUGGGACGAACCGCGCAAAGACUGCCAAGUCAUUGGGCGACUACGACAUCGUCAUUACCACCUACGGAACUCUUACCUCAGAGUCAAGUACAGCAGCCGCGGACAAGGCCAAAAAGUCUGGGAUUUUCUCUGUUUACUGGUACCGAGUUGUCCUUGACGAGGCCCACACCAUCAAGAAUCGCAAUGCCAAGGCGACACAAGCUGCAUGCACCUUGGAUGCUAGAUAUCGCUGGUGCUUGACAGGAACGCCAAUGCAGAACAACCUUGACGAGCUGCAGAGUUUGAUCAAAUUCCUCCGUAUUAAGCCUUACAAUGACCUUGCUGCGUGGCGUGACCAGAUCAGUAGACCGUUAGCAAAUGGCCGUGGUGGCCUUGCUAUCCAACGACUCCAAGUCAUCCUGAAAGCUUUCAUGAAACGACGCACCAAGGAUGUUCUAAGAGACAAUGAAAACGAUAAAUCCGAAGGAGCUGAUGGAAAACCGAAAAAAUCCAAUGGGUUCAAAAUCGUCAAGCGUGAGGUUAUCAAGGUGGAAGCGCAGUUCAUGGAGGGGGAGCUGAACUUUUACAAGCGAUUGGAACAACGCACCGAGAACCGCCUUGAGGAGAUGAUGGGCGGAGCCAAAGUUGACUAUGCUGGCGCGUUGGUCUUGCUCUUGCGUCUUCGUCAAGCGUGUAACCAUCCUGAGCUUGUCAAGAGUGAUCUAGCCUUGGACAAAGAUGUUCUGUUGCAGAAUGGAAACCCUGCAAGCCAGUCAUCUGAAGCAAAGAAAGACGAUCUAGAUGACAUGGCUGACCUCUUUGGAGGGUUGAGUGUCAUGACGAAGAAAUGCGAUGUUUGUCAAGCGGAACUUAGCCAAGCCGAAUCAAAGAGCGGGGCUAGUCACUGCACUGAGUGUGAAACCGACCUGAACACCAAUUUCAUGACCAAAGAUAGCAAGCAAAAGGCAAAGAAAGCACACAAACACCACGAGGUCACAACAAUUGAAAGUCCGGUCGCCAAGUCUCGCUCUCGCAAGAACCGUCGAGUCAUUCUUGAUAGCGACGAUGAGGAUGAUGACGAGGCCGAAUGGAUUGUACCCGAGGGCCAACGUAAGAUGCCCAACCUUGGCAAGGCCGGUGGAUCAGAGGACGAAGACGCUGAAGGUGGAGGAGAAUGGAUUGGCUCCGGGGACUCCGACCUUGACUCGCCCUCGGGGAAGAAGAAUCAACCUAUUACCCUGAGCAGCUCUGAAGAUGAAUCCGACUCUGACGAUGACAUUCCUUACGAAGGCGAAAACGGGGAGCUACCAUCUACCAAGAUCCGUUACUUGAUGAAACUCCUCAACAAAGAAUCCGCGGACUACAAAUUCAUUGUCUUCUCUGUUUUCACCUCGAUGCUGAAUAAGAUCGAGCCAUUUUUGAACAGUGCAAACAUUGGAUUUGCACGUUACGAUGGUGGCAUGCGAAAUGACCACCGUGAAGCCAGUCUCAACAAGUUGAGGAAUAACAGUGGCACUCGCGUCCUGCUCUGCAGUUUGCGUGCCGGUGCACUGGGUCUCAACUUGACAGCUGCCAGCCGUGUUGUAAUCCUGGAACCAUUCUGGAAUCCUUUCGUGGAAGAACAAGCUAUUGAUCGUGUCCAUCGUCUCAACCAAACCGUUGAUGUCAAAAUCUACAGAAUGAUCAUCAAGGGCAGCGUUGAAGAGAGGAUUGUCGCCCUGCAGGAUCGCAAACGCGAACUGGCCAACAUGACCAUCGAGGGCAAGUCUGCCGCCGGAAAAUUGACCAUGAACGACAUGAUGGCGCUAUUUGGUCGCGACGCCGAGUCCAAAUAUACCCCAACCGAUACUCAGGGGAAGCUGGACUUCAAACAGCCCACUAGGCUACUGAAUUCUACAGAGGAGAUUGCUUCUCCUAGGCCCUCCCAGUCCUCUGCACGGAGUGACUCUCAUAACCGAGAUCGUCGGCAGCAAUCUAGGAAGUCGACACCUGAAGAUUCUGUGUAUGGACGACGCUGGUAG